AUGCGUGAUUAUAAGCUGGUAGUGCUGGGUGCCGGUGGUGUAGGGAAGUCCUCGCUGACCGUGCAGUUUGUGCAAGGUGUUUACUUGGACACGUACGACCCCACCAUCGAGGAUUCAUACCGUAAGACAAUCGAGAUCGACAACAAGGUGUUUGACCUGGAGAUUCUGGACACCGCGGGCGUGGCGCAGUUCACCGCGAUGCGGGAGCUGUACAUAAAGGCCGGCAUGGGCUUCCUGCUGGUGUACUCUGUGACAGACCGCGACUCCCUGCGCGAACUGAUGGAGCUGAAAGAACAAGUGCUGCGGAUCAAGGACUCCCAGCGGGUGCCCAUGGUGCUGGUCGGCAACAAGGCCGAUCUGGUAGACGACAGAAUCAUCCCAGUCGAGGAAGGUAUCGGCGUGAGCUCGCAGUGGGGUAAAGUGCCCUUCUAUGAAACCAGCGCCUUGCUGCGCAGCAACGUCGACGAAGUAUUCGUUGACCUGGUGAGGCAGAUCAUAAGGAAUGAGAUAGAAACGGUGACGAACACCACCAACAACCACCCAUCCCUCUCGCAAGCAUCCCUAAAUGAUCCACUGAGGAAGAACGGGAGCCAGGGCAACAUGUCAUCGAAUAACGACAGACCACACUCACCUUUUAAGAACACACGGAGCAACAGCAACGCGACUCCAUCGUCACAACAAUCUACCAAGAAGUCUACCUUAUCCAGAACAAACACGAAUAGAUCAAAUUCGCCAGGAUCGCUGAAGAAACACCAAAGCGGAUCAAAUCAGGACACAUUACGCAAGCAGAUAGCUACAAACAGCUCUAGAAAUACACAACAAGAUAAGAAGGGUACUGCACCAGCGACUGCCGCCUCAAAGAAGCAGAAACCAAGAGCACAUGCAUCAUCACCUCAGUCAUCUGCAUCUCCUGCUGAAAUAAAACAGGAGAAGAAGAAAAAGAAAAAAAACAACCUAUGCACAAUCCUUUAA